AGGCAGGCGAGGGUUCCAAUUCUGGAAGAAGAAGGCACCAUGAGGACUCUGCUGCUGCUUGUGGGGCUGCUGCUGACCUGGGAAAAUGGACAGGUCCUGGGAGACCCAGCGGUCUCAGAAAGGGAGCUCCAGGAAAUGUCCACUCAGGGGAGUAAGUACGUUAAUAAGGAAAUUAAAAAUGCUGUCAACGAGGUGAAGCAGAUAAAGAGUCUAAUUGAAAAAACAAACGAAGAGCGCAAGUCACUGCUCAGCAUCUUAGAAGAGACCAAGAAGGAGAAAGAGGAUGCCCUAAAUGAGACCAGGGAUUCCGAAUCCAAGCUGAAGGAGUCCCCGGGUGUGUGCAAUGAGACCAUGCUGGCCCUCUGGGAAGAGUGUAAGCCCUGCCUGAAGCAGACCUGCAUGAAGUUCUAUGCACGCGUCUGUAGAAGCGGCUCAGGCGCAGUCGGCCACCAGCUCGAGGAGUUCCUGAACCAGAGCUCGCCCUUCUACUUCUGGAUCAACGGCGACCGCAUCGACUCCCUGCUGGAGAAUGACCGGCGGCAGACCCACAUGCUGGACAUCAUGCAGGACAGCUUCGACCGGGCGUCCGGCAUCAUGGACGAGCUCUUCCAGGACACGUUCUUCAGCCGCGAGCCCCAGGACACGUACCACUCCUCGCCCUUCUUCUUGACCCACAGGAGGCCUCACCUCCUCUAUCCCAAGUCCCGCCUUGCCCGCAGCUUAAGGCCAUUGCUCCCGUACAGACCCCUGAGCUUCCAGGACAUGUUCCAGCCCUUCUUUGACAUGAUACACCAGGCUCAACAGGCCAUGGACAUCCACCUCCCCAGCACGGCCUUCCAGCCCCUGAAGGAAGACAUCAUAAGAGAAGGCAACGAUAACCGCACCGUGUGCCGGGAGAUCCGCCACAACUCCACGGGGUGCCUGCGGAUGAAGGACCAGUGUGACAAGUGCCGGCAGAUCUUGUCUGUGGACUGUUCGGCCAGCAACCCCUCUCAGAACCAGCUGCGGCAGGAGCUGGACGAUUCCCUUCGGGUCGCUGAGAGGUUGACCACGAAGUACAACGAAUUGCUGCGGUCCUACCAGCGGAAGAUGCUCAACACCUCGUCCCUGCUGGAGCAGCUUAAUGAGCAGUUUAGCUGGGUGUCCCGGCUGGCCAAUCUCACCCAGGGCGAAGACCAGUCCUAUCUCCGGGUCACUACGGUGUCUUCCCACACUUCUGACUCAGACGUUCCCCACCAUGGUUUCACCAAGGUGGUUGUGAAGCUCUUUGACUCUGACCCCAUCACUGUGACGAUUCCAGAAGAGGUCUCCAGGAACAACCCUAAAUUUAUGGAGACCGUGGCAGAGAAAGCGCUGCAAGAAUACCGUAAAAAGACCCGAGAGGAGUGAGAUGCAGGCGUUGCUUUUCCAUAUUCGGGGGCAUCUGAGUCCAGCUCCCCCUGAAAUGAGCCACAGCACCCCAGAGAGAGCUCUGCACGUCACCAAGUGACCAGGCCCUGGCUUCUAGGCCCCCCUGACCGCCCCCCACUGCCUCACCACCCUCUGGAUUCUGCACUCUUAACACCUGCUUGUGAAAGAAAUGCUCCUGCAUGCAAUUAAUUCAAUAAAACUGCCUUGUGAUCUGA